AUGGCAGGAGCUGCGGGACCCAUGGCAGGAGCUGCGGUGUGGGGCACGGCACCCACCGGGCACGACAUGUCCCCUGCUCCAGCCUCCAGGUCCCAGCCUGUAUGGCUCUGCUUCUUGCUCCUGCUGCCCACCUGUGUCUCUGCCACCACCACCAGCCCUGGCAUCAAGGUCUGGCUGACCCAGAGGACGCUGGAGUUUGGCCGGCGCUUUGGGCUGGAGCUGCUCCAGUCGAUGCUGCAGAAGGAGCACGAGCUGAACCUGACGGGCUCCUACAACACCCUCCUGGGAACUCUCACCUAUGCUGUGCCACGGAUUCGCAUCCACGAGCUGCAGAUGAACGAAUCCACGCUGGACUUUGCCGAGGACGUGGGGCUGAGGCUGACGGUGCAGCGCGCCCGGGUGCAGCUCAGCGCCGACUGGGCAGCGCAGCUGGGAGCCGUCCAGGACAGCGGCUCUGUGCAGCUGGGCAUGCAGGACAUGGCCGUGGCCGCGGUGCUGGGCGUGAGCGAGGACGGCGGUGGCCACCCCACGGUUUGGAGCGCCGCCUGUGACACCCACGGCACCGACCUGCACAUGGAGUUCCACCGUGGAUACAGCUGGCUCUACAACCUGCUGGCACCUCUGCUCCAGAGAACCCUGCGGCAGCAGCUGAACAAGCAGCUCUGCCUUGUGCUCCAGAGGGGCAUUGACAGGCUGGACACUGCCCUGAAGCACAUGAAAGUGUCCACCCAGCUGGACACCAUUGCUGCCAUCGACCACUCCCUCCUGGCACCGCCAGCCUUCACAGAGGAGUAUGGGGACAUUGCCCUCAAGGGAGAGAUCUUCAGGGUGGGCACGUACCAGCAGAGACCCUCAGCACUGCCUGUGGCGCUGCCUGUGGCACUGCCCAUGGCACUGCCUGUGGCUUUGCCCACGGCCCUGCCCUCCACACCGCCCGUGGCACACGAGCCCACGCUGCUGCUGGCUGUCACCGAGUUCGUCGGGAACUCGGCCGCCUUCACCUACUUCACAGCCGGGGCCCUGCGCAGGAUCAUCUCCAGUGACAUGGUUCCCCGGCGGUUCCCACUCCAGCUGAGCACCAAGAGCAUGGGGAUCUUCUCCCCUCAGCUGCAGGAGCUCUAUCCAGACCAGCCCAUGGAGCUGCACCUCUGGGCCCGCCAGCAGCCCCUGCUCUCCUGCCAUCCUGAUGCCCUGCACGGGACCCUGCUCGGCUCUGCCGAGGCCUUCGUGGUGCUGCCCAAUGCCACCCGUGCCCCUGCCUUCCUGCUGAACAUCGAUGCCAACGUGACGGGGAAGCCGAAAAUCACCAGGAACAGACUCGGGGGCACUGUGAGACUGACAGGGCUCCACAUAACACAAGUGGCAUCAAACGUGGGCCCGGUGGAGGUGAAGCGUCUGGAGACCCUGCUGAAGUUCAGUCUGUGGCUUUUUGGGGUUCCCCGGGCAAACAAGUGGCUCCAGGCUGGCAUCCCCCUGCCCCUCCCGCAUGGCCUCAGCCUGCUCAGACCCCGGCUCUCACUGCACCAGGGCUUCGUGCUCAUCGCCACGGACCUGCAGUACGAGCCGUGA